GCUUUUUCUAUGGAUAAUAUCAGCUGGUGGAGGAAUUAUGAAGGGAUAUUAAAGACUUUUUACCCUGUGUUUUUGGGUCAAGUUGUUUCUUUUGUUAUGGCACUUAUGAGCUUCACUUCUUCUCUAGUGGCAAAUCUUGGUGCAAACACUCCACUUUCCCUGUCAUUCUUCUCCUACACAGCUUUAGCUUUGGUGUAUGGAGGAAUCAUGAUUUACAGGAGGCAGAAAUUACAGGUGCCUUGGUAUUGGUAUGCACUUCUAAGCUUAGCUGAUGUCCAGGGAAAUUUUCUUGUAAAUAAAGCAUAUCAGUACUCAUCAAUCACCAGUGUGACCAUACUGGAUUGCUGGACUAUAGCAUGGGUGAUAAUUUUGACGUGGCUAUUUUUGGGCACACGAUAUUCUCCGUGGCAAUUCUUUGGUGCAGCAGUCUGUUUAGGUGGUCUUGGACUUGUGCUUCUAUCCGAUGCUAAGGCGAGUGACAAAAGUGGUGGUUCCAAACCUAUUCUUGGUGAUAUAUUUGUCAUCAUAGGGACAUUUUUCUUCGCAAUGAGUAAUGUUGGUGAGGAGUUCUGUGUGAAAAAGAAAGAUCGUAUUGAAGUGGUUUCCAUGAUUGGUCUUUUCGGCUUGCUUGUUACUAUAAUUGAGAUACCAAUCUUAGAAAGGAAGAGUUUGGAAUCAGUUAAGUGGUCUGCUGAGAUUAUAUUAGCCUUCUGUGGCUAUGCAGUGGCAAGCUUUAUGUUCUACACCUUAGUUCCGUUUCUUCUCGAGAUGAGUGGCUCAACCUUGUUCAAUCUAUCUCUUCUCACAUCCGAUGUGUGGGCAGUUGUCAUCAGAACCUUUUUCUACAAGCAAAAGGUUGAAUGGCUGUACUUUGUAGCUUUUGCACUUGUGGUUACUGGACUGAUCAUAUACUCGAAAACUGAGAAGGAUCAUGUAAAUGCACCAGCUAAUAUUGAAGAAGCUGAUCAAAGAUACCAACUUCUUAAUGAAGAUGAAGAGCAAGCUGAUCAUAGACGUCAUGAAACUAUUUCAUAACUAGUUGUAGAAAUCAAGAUUCAUUGGAAUUACAUGUAAUUUACAUAUUAUUAUUCUUCUGAAAUUGUUCAACAUCUAUAUAAUUGGAGUU